GUUUGUGUUACAGGAGCUAAUGGAUUUGUAGGAUCACACAUUGUCAGGGAAUUAUUGGCAAUGGGACAAUACAAAGUUUGUGGAACCAUCCGAUACGAUCCGCACAGCUCCGAUCCACUGAUACAAUGUAAAUUCAUUCAUCUGAUGAAUUUUCCAAAUGCAAAGGAAAAUCUGGAAUUAUUUAGAGCUGAUGUGAUGGAGGAAGGAUCAUUCGAUAGUAUCAUUUCGAAAUGUAAUUAUGUGAUUCAUACAGCAUGUCCUUUCUAUUUGACUCCCACUGUGAAUGAUACGCACAAUGCUGAAAUUAAGUUAUUGGAUCCUGCAGUGAAGGGAACGAGAAAUGUGUUAAACUCUGUGGAGAAAUAUAGAGAUAGAGUGAAGAGGGUGAUUGUUACGAGUAGUACUGGGGCUUUAAUUGGAUUUGCUGAUAGAGUAUUUGGAAAGGUUUAUUAUGAGACGGAUUGGAAUGAGAAAUCAUCUCUGAUUAGUAAUCCAUUUGCAUAUAGCAAAACUAUGGCUGAGAAGGAAGCAUGGAAAUGGUAUCAGGAAAUGAUUGAUAAAUAUUCGAAUGAAAGAAAUGGAAAUAUACCUGUGGAGGUAGUGAGCUUGAAUCCUGUUCUAAUUAUUGGACCUAUUCUUCAAGUGGAUAGAUUAAUUUUCAAUCACAUGAUGAAAUCAAAGAUAAUUCCAGGAGAUGAUGGUAAAACAACAAAGGCAGACGGUUUCAGUAUUGUCGAUGUUAGAGAUGUGGCAAAAGCUCAUGUACUGGCUCUCACUUGCCCCAAUGUUAGUGGUGAACGAUUCGUCCUA